ACUGGCACCGUCCCAGCCCUGUACAUUGUUCUUUCUGUUUUUUGUGGCCACAGUGCAGCCAAAAUGUUUUAGUUCCGUCUGCGGACGCCAUAUAACUUAAGUCAGACAGCUCGCGUCAAGAAAACGCACUAGCGUUGGCCACCAGCACAAUGGGCGAUUUCUUCAAGUCGCUCAACUUCAACUACUUCUCCUCAAGCGAGGGCAGUCCGUCUGCCAACGGGGCUGCAGGAGGAGGCGGAGCAGCAGGUGCCCGGGGAAGACUGGACAACGACUACGUGGGACAGGUCGUCGAGGUGGCUGGCCACAGGCUGCGCAUCAAGUGCGUCAUCGCCGAAGGCGGAUACGCUUUUGUGUACGUCGCACAAGAUGUUCAAAGUGGCGCCGAGUACGCCCUCAAGCGCCUUAUUGGGGCUGAUCAGCAGGCCUGCUCGGCCAUCGUCAACGAAAUCGAAAUCCACAAGCAGCUUUCCGGCCACGGAAACAUUGUCGCCUUCGUGGGCUCCAGUUACACGGCUCCCGCUGCGCAACAGGGGGCCCAGUACCUGCUCCUCACGGAGCUGUGCAAAGGCGGCUCCCUGGUCGACUGCUUUAGAGCUAACAGCGCCGCCACCGAUCCGCCCUUGGUUUUACGCAUUUUUUACCAGAUGGCACGCGCCGUGUCCUGCUUGCACUCGCAGUCACCGCCAAUUUCCCAUCGAGACAUAAAGAUCGAGAACUUCCUUAUUGGUAACGACAAGCAGAUCAAACUGUGCGACUUUGGCUCCGCCACAAAGGAAGUGCUCUCUCCCACGUUUGAGUGGAGCGCCAACCAGCGCAACAUGCUGGAAGACCAGUUGAACACCGUGACCACACCUAUGUACAGGGCGCCCGAGAUGCUUGACACUUGGUCCAACAAUCCGAUUGGGCCGAGAGCAGACAUCUGGGCACUGGGCUGCAUCCUCUAUUUCCUGUGCUACCGCAGACAUCCCUACGAGGAUGGCGGCAAGCUGCGAAUCAUUAACGCCAACUAUAUACUUCCUCCGGAUCCACAGUACCAGUGCUUCCGCGACAUAAUCAGGGGCUGCUUUAAAGUGAACCCUGCCGAGCGGCUGGAAAUUUCCAUGGUGCUCGAACGCCUUGCAGCCAUAGCUGAGACCCACAACUGGUCGCUGAAAGGACCUCUGGAUCUGCAUGGAAUUCCCAUCGAAUCUUUGCCAGCCGAGAGCCCCUCCCGAAAGAGUUCCCUUCAAUCGGAGUUUCACACAGACUCGACGCAUACUGCGUCCCAAACAGCGACACCCGCCGCCACCGCUCCAACCGCCAAUAAUGGACACGGAAGUCUGCUGUCGUCGCUGCGAGGCGGAGCUGGAACGCUACUUAAGAACAUUAAGGAUACAUCCACCAAGGUGAUGCAGACAAUGCAGCAAUCAAUCGCCCGCAACGACCUCGACAUCAGUCACAUCACUUCACGGAUCCUGGUUAUGCCCUGUCCGUCCGAUGGCUUCGAGUCAGCGUACAGGACGAACAACAUAGAAGACGUGCGGCUAUCGCUCGAAAGUCGUUUUGCCCCACAAAAGAUAAGCAUUUACAACUUUGGCCAGCGCACAGUGCCCCGCCUACCGCCACCCGUGCGCACCGUUGAGGCAGGUUCCGUCUAUGGCUGCCCACAGGCUCAUGCUCCCAAUCUGCAGGGCCUGUUUACCGUAUCGGCUGACAUGUACAACUUCCUCAACGCCGACCCGAAGUCAAUUGUGAUCGUGCAGACCGGAGACUCGGGCGGAUGCACUGCUGCCACCGUCAUCUGCGCGCUGCUCAUGUAUGCCGAUCUGCUCCACGAGCCUGAGGACGCGGUGCAGGUGUUCGCCGUCAAGAGGCACACCAUCAACUUGCGUCCCUCCGAGUUCCGCUACCUGUAUUACUUCGGCGACAUCCUACGGCCAACGCCUCUGCUGCCGCACUACAAGAACACCAACCUUGUGUCGCUCAGCUGCCAGCCCGUUCCUAAGAUGACCAAGGCGCGUGACGGCUGCCGGAUCUACAUGGAAGUCUACUGCAACGAGACAUUGUUGCUAAGCACACUACAGGACUACGAAAAGAUGCGCUUGCACCUGGCCGGGCCUGGCAAGAUAGUGCUGCCAAUCAACCUAACUGUCUGUGGCGAUGUGACGGUGGUGCUGUACCACGCCCGAAAGGGAAUGGUGCGUCCACAAGGCCUUAAGAUAUGCCAAUUCCAAAUAAACACGGGGUUUAUCCCCGAACCAGAAACGCUGAUUACGUUUACUAGCCAAGACCUUGACGACCUGCCAGAUCCUGAGCAAGUGACCCCGAGCUUCUGCGUGUCGCUUUCGCUGGCUGUGACUGAGUCGGAAACGCCACCCAGCCACAAGCCUCCAUGGGUGCCAGCCAAGCCUCCGCGAUCACCAGCAGUUUUGUUCAGCUCCGACCUGGAGUACGCCGAAAUGCUGGACAAUUUUGUGACCAAGCCCAACGUGCGCUCAUCGCCACCGCCCGCUGCUCGGAAGAGUGAUCGCACCAGCUCGCCUCUUGUUUUGCCCGAUGUAACGGAGACAGCUCAUGAGCCACCAACGGCCAUUCCAGAGCCUUCCCCGCCCAUAGACUUGCUCAAUCUGAACCAACAGCCCAGUGACGCACCAGCAGCGGAUCCUCUGGCCAGCGCCAAGCCCAGCACAGAUGCCAGCUUCGACUUGUUGGGCGCAUUCGGAGACGAUGACUCCACGGGCAUAGGCUCGGCGCCGAUUCCCGACAUACUUCCGCCGCCACCACCUCUGCAGCAGCCGCAGCCCAAGAUCAACACAGACCUGUUCGACAUUUUUGGUUCUGUGGACCAAGCCAACGCACCCAGCCUAAAGCCUUCGACCGGAUCAGACCUACCACCCUUCGUUGGCUCCUUGCCAACAUUUGCAAAUAGGCCAACGGUCACCAAAAACGAACCAUCCCCAACCCAGCCGGCCAAGCCAGCUGCAGAUCCCUUCGCGGACAUUGCAAACCUGGCUUCAGGACUCAACAUAAACUUCAAUCGCAGCACGCUGAGUGGAAAGUCCCCUGUUGGGUCCAGUCCCCAGCCUACUCAGUUUUCAAGCCCCACCCACAGGCCCUCUUCCUCGCAGCCUCAAGUGUCGUUCAAGCAGACACCGCCGCAACAGCAGUCGCAGCCGAUGACUACAUCUGCCAGGGCGCCUCCGCAGCCACAGGCGGUUCCUGCCCAGUCGCGACCAGACUACAGUCGAGUCCACUUUGAUUCACCAAAGCCGACGACACAAGCAGGUGUCGGCGGAACCAAGAGCUCGGACAUAUUUGCAGACAUACUAGGUCAACAAGGCUAUUCCUUUGGCAGCAAAAUGAGCCAGGGUCCGCGGUCCAUUAAUGAAAUGCGCAAAGAAGAUUUAGUUAGAGACAUGGACCCCAAAAAAGUGCGCAUUAUGGAAUGGACCGACGGUAAGAAAAACAACAUCCGCGCGCUUCUUUGCUCCAUGCAUACCGUGCUGUGGGAACACGCCAAGUGGCAGCGCUGCGAGAUGUCCACCAUGGUGACUCCGGCUGAGGUCAAGAAGGCCUACCGUCGCGCCUGUCUAGCGGUGCAUCCUGACAAGCACAAUGGGACCGAAAACGAGGAGAUUGCUAAACUCAUUUUUAUGGAACUGAACAAUGCAUGGACCGAUUUCGAAAACGAUGCCACGCAGCAGAAUAUGUUCAAUGCGUAAAACGCAUCCUAUAGCUAUAUAUUCAUCGCAGAUAGUCCUAAUUUACGUUCACUUAGCUGAAUCUAGUGUAAAUCUAUUUAAGAGUGCAAGCUUUAAACUGUAAAGCGAGAGUAUUGGCGAUGGCAGUUUAAAUCGCCUAAAAGAACCCCUUGAAAUUCUAAACAUCCGAGGACAUUUUACUUAAUUUGUAUAACAGCAAAGCCAAAUCCUACAUUCCUAUUGCAUCCAACAGCAGUGCGAACAGAACAAAUAUCUGAAAAUUAAGAAACGGAGGCCCUCUUACCUUGGCGAUCUUCCACUUAAAUUACGCGAAGAUUGCACGCCUUAUCCAUCAUCCCAUACAAAUCGAUGUUUCGUAUAUAGAAAUAUACACUUUAUUUGCUGCAAUUAGAUAAAAUACGAUAUGUCCUGACCCCUUUAUAGCCAAUAUGUGAUUAAACUAAUAUUGAUGGAAACUAGGAGUAAAGCUUAUGUACAGAACUGUUCCGAGUAUGAAAUGUAAACUUAGUUUUACUUUUUAGGAGUCCAAGUGUACAUAAGAGGAGAGUAUGUUGGAGGAUAUCUUAGCUCGAUAUUUAGUUUCAGCAUUUAAUGUUUGUCGCUAUAAAAAUAAAUUCUCUAUAUGCACGUUUCCUUGUGAAACGUCACUGUUAAAAGAAUAA